AUGACUCAAGAGUUUGAGAUGAGCAUGUGUGGUGAACUGAAGUACUUUCUUGGACUUCAAGUGUCUCAGUCAGAGAAAGGUGUGUUCAUCUCUCAGAGUGCAUACGCUAAAAGUUUGGUAAAACGAUUUGGUAUGGAGAACUCCAAGGUUUCAAAGACACCUAUGAGUACAUCAUUGAAGCUUGCACGAGAUGAAGCAGGAGAAGAUGUGGAUGUCAAGCUCUAUCGAGGGAUGAUUGGUAGUCUGUUAUACUUGACUGCGAGUCGACCAGAUCUGUCAUUCAGUGCUGGUGUGUGUGCAAGAUAUCAAGCCAAGCCUAAGGUAUCACAUCUGAAUGCAGUAAAGAGAAUCAUGAAGUACGUCAAAGGAACAGAGAGCUUGGGGGUGUAUUACUCGAAGAAUUCCAACAAGAACUUUGUGGGAUAUUGCGAUGCUGAUUGGGCAGGAUGUGUUGAUGAUAGAAAAAAGAGUAGUGCAGGUGCUGAUUCGGGAUGUACAUAUGAUUCAGAUUGGUUUUGGAACCCGAGAACGCUGUGGAAAAGAGCUGCUUGA